AUGAGAGAUAUUGAAGAAAUUCCACAAGCAAGACCUUUUUCAGAAAGAUAUUCGAAGAUAUUAAAUAUGACAGUUAGUGAUACAGAUAGUCAGAGUAAUAACAAUAGUAAUGUAGAGGAUAAGGAUAAGGAUAAGGAAGAGUAUAGUGAUAGUAACACCAAUAAUACAUCAAAUAGUGAGAAUAGUGAUACUGAAGAAGAAGAUAAUAGAAAAAGAAAAUUACAAGAUACAAGUCUUUCACCAACAUCGAAAGGAAAAAUAUUAGAAAAAGAAAACAUCCUUAGAAAGAAAAAAACAAGAUCAAAAAAGAAAAAGAAAGUUGCUAUUGAGAAUGAUCCACGUGCACCAGAGGGAAGUCCGAUUUUAUUAGUCAGUGAGAAUAGUAAUAAAGAAAAGACAAAUCAGAUACCUAAAAGAACACGAGCUGAUACACCUAUAGAUCAAAAAGAGAAACGUUGUCCAUGG